AUGGACAAGGACCAUUACAGAUAUAUGUUUAGGGAACAACUUAAUGGCCAACACUUCCACAAGAAGCUAAACCAAAACGAAGAUAAAAAGGCCAUGAGCGAGAAACAUGGAUUGGUCUUAAAAUAUCGUAAUAACCUAACUGGGAAUGAAGUUAAUUAUUUAACCAAUUUUGAAGUAAAAACCAGUAAUUUCUAUGGAUUACCUAAGAUCCAUAAAUCAAAAGAAAGACAAAAUAAAAGGAAACAAUUCAACCAGAGACCUGAAAUUACACGCAAUCAUUGCAGAACCAGCAUCUUAAUACAUAUAGUUUUAAAACCUUUAUGCAACAUUACACCAAGAUUUGUCCGGGACGAUAUGGACUUUUUAAACUACAUACCUAAAAGUGUCCACCAGGAGACAAUUCUUGUUAGCUUCGAUGUAACUAGUCUUUACACCAAUAUCCUACACGACCCAGGAAUUGAAGCUAUAAAUUUCUGCACCCGAAUCAUAUCAUGGAAAGAUUCUCAAACACUUUCAUUUUAG